UUUUGACGGAGAAGCUGUGAAUUAGGGUUACGCUUCGGGGUUUAGGGAGAGAGGGAGAGGAGAGAGAGGUGCUGCCGGCGUAGCUGAUACCGCGGCUCGGUCAAGAUGGGUAUUUCCAGGGAUUCCAUGCACAAGAGGCGUGCCACCGGUGGCAAGAAGAAGGCUUGGAGGAAGAAGAGAAAGUAUGAGCUUGGUCGACAGCCUGCAAACACUAAGCUGUCAAGUAACAAGACAGUCAGGAGAGUUCGCGUUAGAGGUGGCAAUGUGAAAUGGAGGGCUUUGCGAUUGGAUACAGGAAAUUAUUCAUGGGGCAGUGAAGCCGUGACUCGCAAAACACGUAUCUUGGAUGUGGUUUACAAUGCCUCAAACAAUGAGCUUGUGCGAACUCAAACCCUUGUGAAGAGUGCCAUUGUUCAGGUUGAUGCUGCUCCGUUCAAGCAGUGGUACCUUCAGCAUUAUGGCGUCGAUCUUAGUAAGAAGAAGAAAGCAGCUGCCAAGAAGGAUUCUACAGAGGAGGGUGAAGCAGCUGCAGCUGCUGCUGCUGAAGAGACAAGGAAAAGUAAACAUGUGCUUAGGAAACUAGAGAAGCGGCAGAAAGAUCGAAAGCUUGAUCCCCACAUUGAAGAGCAAUUUGGUGGAGGCCGAUUGUUGGCUUGCAUCUCUUCUCGACCUGGUCAAUGUGGCAGAGCUGAUGGCUACAUAUUGGAAGGCAAGGAGUUGGAGUUUUACAUGAAGAAACUCCAGAAGAAGAAGGGAAAGAGUGCUGGUGCUGCUUGAAUGUAGUGUUAUUCCAAUUUUGUUCUUCUUCCUAUUAUAUAGUAGACUUUAUUGAAUUUUUGAUGAAUUGCACCUUUCAAGGUGUUUUUUCUAGAAUGUUCCCUCCCAAGACAGAUCUUUAGUGAGAACAAAAUUUUUUUAAACGGUACUCUCAACUUCUUGGUAAUGGUUGUUUUUUUUUUCCCUCUGGUCUCGAAACUCGUUGGUGAUUGUUGAGCAAUGGGUGUUUAUGGAUAGCUGAUGGUCUGUUUGGCUGUUAGUGUUAAAGCUUAAUGAAUGAGAAUGAUGUUUCCAUUUUA